AUGACACAUGUGGAUCGGUUUCUUAUUUUUUCUGGGAAAAACCCAAAAUCACAAGAAAUAACGGAAGACGGUAGCUUGUUGAAGAGAAAUCUGAAAUUUUACGAGGAGACGAUUCCUAGAGAGGCUGAACUGGAAGCAAAAAUUGAACGAUUCAAGAAGAAAUUGCCAUGGCUGGAAACUUUGGAUGUUACGGUGAGUAACGAACAUGUCAGUGAGAGCGCAAUCAACGACGAUUUCGAGCGUGAAAUUAUUUUCAUUGCCUAG